AUGUACUACAUUGAAGAGUUGACUUCUAAAGCAAUGACCAUUGAACGCAAGAAGGUGCCGCCUAUUGUUCCGAAAAAGAACAGAGAACUCUCUCUGCGGGGGGACAAGAACGGAUCAGAAACUUUACAUCUAUCCAUUCCCGUGGGGCCAAUUACCCCCAGGAUACAAGAUAGAGAAACAACAGAGAAAGAGACACUGGAACGGCUCGUUGAGGAGAUAUCGCUGAACAGCGAGUAUGAACUCCCAAGACGUCACCGGAAUGAGCCGAAAGUGAUCAAGUUUGACGACAUAAUGGCAUCCAAUCGUGUACCGGCAAUUAAACCAACAAAACAUGCAAGUACAAGCAUUAAUACAAUCACUAAUACAACCACAAAACCGAAACCACAACCCAAGCCCAAGCCAGUCUUAGAAUCAUUGUUGCAACAGGAAAGUCCAGACAUUUACCCUAAACAAAAUGCAACACCACAAGACACUUUGUGGUUAAACCUGAAACCAAAACCACUAGUGAAACCAAAACCACCGGUAAAAACAAAGCCAGAGAUAAAGCCUAGCUUCCAUUGUAUCCAGCACCCUUUAUCAAAGACCUGUGUGGUUCCACCUCAAACACGUACAGAGAAAGAAACUCCGGCAUUUCUACAUAACGUUCUACAACAACACAUCGACUUACAGUCAAAGUCUGCACCUUUGCAAAUGGUCCCCCUGCCCGGAUUGGCCACUUCUGCAGUUUUCCCAAUUCCAGCAAAACCUUCACAGAGAGCUCACACCGUGGACAAUUCGUCGUUGGGAGUCACUCGUGGCAGAGGUAAGAAACUCACACAUCCAAACAAGACCCGUUCAAGAGGCCCUCGUAGGAGGUUACCAAAGAGUGUCUCCACGUCAGAGGGGGACAAGACAAGUGCAAAUGCACCUACAUACGCAGCCAAAUGUACAGAGACCCCUCUAUUGAGUCAGCCCCUGGGAAAGAAGAAACCCCCAGUCCCACCAAAGAAAAAAAUACAAAUCACUGUGUAA